CGUCGGGCAGGGAGCGCCAGGCUCCGGGCUCGCUGUGCGCCCGCGCUCUAGGCGCCCACCAUGGCCUCCCGCAGCGCGGGCACCCUACUGACGGAGUUCAAUGCUGCCUACCUGCCCCCCAGCUUCAUGCUCGGGUACCAAGGCCACGUUCCCAGCCUGGCCUUCUCCUUUGGCUCCCCCUACAGCACAGCCACCCUCAAGUACUUCCAGGACCACCGCAACACAGCCCUGGAGAAGGGUGGCUCUCCCUACAGCAAAGGCGGCCACUUUCCGACCCUCUUCUCCCCAGACCCCAACCUUGUGCUGAGGAAGCGCUCCCACACCCAGGACGGCAGGCUGCAAACCCUCAGCUACACCCGGUUCAACCUGGACAAUGGCCGCAGCACCCAGCUCACCAGAUUCUACCAGAUGGCACAACAGCAUCGGAAGUACUAUUUAGACAAGACGGGCAUGGUGCCCCAGGUGCCCUACUUUGUGCUGCCUGUGAAGGAGUGGGAACGAUACCCCCUCCCCACCGACCUUCCUCCUCUGAGCCCAGAGAAGAAGUGGCACCUUCUAAGAGUAUCCCCCGAGAACCUGAAGACCUACCAGACGUUCCCCUCAGGGAAGAGGGUCUCCCCACAUGAGCGGUAUAGAAGAGACCUCUACUUUGAGUUCAGAGCAUGAUGCUUGAGAGGCUGGCCCUGACCAGGUUGGCUUUUUGGAAUAAAAUCUUUAGCCACAUCCAAA